GUGGGGUGCGCACUUGUACAUGACGUUGGAGUUUGCAGCAACCUCGGAGCGGGAGGCUGUGCGCUCGCGUGCGGAGUAGCUGCGCGGCCAGGGAAGAUGUGUACCGAGGGGCGGCCGCUGCAGUGAGCCGGCGCGGGGACCGGAGCACCGCGGGCAGCCGGGGGGAGACAGGCCCGGAGCCGCGGGCCCCUUGAGCUCCUCCUCGGAGCAGGCCACCGGACCGAGAGGCGCGCUCCUGCCGGCCCCAGGAUGUAGGUGAUUAUUAGCCUUGGCGCUCCUGCAGGCUGACGGCUCACCAUGAAGAAGCACUCGGCCCGGGUGGCCCCGCUCAGCGCCUGCAACAGUCCAGUCCUUACCCUCACCAAAGUGGAAGGGGAGGAGCGCCCCCGGGAAUCCCAGAGCCCUGCAGAAGCCCAGGGGCCAGCUGGAGGGGAGUCUGGAGGGAGACCGAGUCCCCACUGCUGGAGAUGCUCGCAGGAGCAGCUAAAGAAGGUCGUCUGGGGAGUGGCAGUGGUAUUAUGCGUGUGUUCAUCCUGGGCCGGCUCCACGCAGCUCGCCAAGCUGACUUUCAAGAAAUUCGAUGCUCCUUUCACCCUGACUUGGUUCGCCACUAACUGGAACUUUUUGUUUUUCCCGCUGUACUACGUGGGGCAUAUCUGCAAGUCGGCAGAGAAGCAAUCUGUGAAGCAGAGAUACAGGGAAUGUUGUCGAUUUUUUGGAGACAAUGGCUUGACUUUGAAGGUUUUUUUUACCAAGGCAGCACCCUUUGGUGUACUUUGGACACUCACAAACUACCUGUAUUUACAUGCAAUAAAGAAAAUUAACACUACGGAUGUCUCCGUGUUGUUCUGCUGCAACAAAGCUUUUGUGUUCUUGCUCUCAUGGAUCGUUCUCAGGGACAGGUUCAUGGGAGUGAGGAUUGUGGCUGCUAUCCUUGCCAUUGCUGGGAUUGUGAUGAUGACCUAUGCAGAUGGUUUUCACAGUCACUCUGUCAUUGGCAUAGCACUGGUGGUGGGCUCUGCAUCCAUGUCUGCCCUCUACAAGGUUCUGUUCAAGCUGCUCCUGGGCAGUGCUAAGUUUGGAGAAGCCGCCUUAUUUUUGUCUAUUUUGGGUGUAUUUAACAUCCUCUUCAUCACCUGUAUUCCUGUCAUCCUCUACUUUACCAAAGUGGAAUAUUGGAGCUCUUUUGAAGACAUUCCAUGGGGAAACCUUUGUGGAUUUUCAAUCCUCUUAUUGACAUUCAAUAUUGUAUUAAACUUUGGAAUUGCUGUUACAUAUCCUACUCUGAUGUCUCUUGGAAUUGUCCUCAGUGUACCUGUAAACGCAGUUGUAGAUCACUACACCAGUAAAAUUGUCUUCAAUGGGGUCCGAGUCAUCGCCAUUGUCAUAAUCGGCCUGGGCUUUCUCCUCUUGCUCUUGCCUGAGGAGUGGGAUGUCUGGUUGAUUAAGCUCCUCACCCGCCUCAAGGUGAGGAAGAAGGAGGAGACGAUUGAAGGCGGAGCAGACGUGGGCUCUGGACCUCAGAACAAGAACAGAAGAGGCCGACCUUCCUUUGCCCGCUGAGGGCCUAGAACUCUGUGGUGAACACUCAUGAUCAAAGAUUUAGAGGUCUAUUCCUGCCAGGGGAAACCUCAGUUCGGUAAGGUGUUCAUACUUGUACAGUUCUGGUAACCCGCGGUAAGUUACACGGUAUUUAUUGGCAUGUCCAACUGCUUGCACUUUUUCUACUACAGCCACUUAAGGGUACCAAUUCCAACUGAAAGAAGAGAAGAAGAACCUCUCAGCUCUUUGCAAAUGAAUGUAAAUCAGGUGAAAAUGAUCCUUGCAGAGAUUGUUUGAGGGUGACAGACAUUCUUGACAAGGCGAGGCAAAUGUUUGGAAUCUUAGCAACUGAAAAUUACAUUGCACACUGUGAUUAUUUUUCAGCUAUGAUAGGCCAUAUUUUGUUUUAGACCAGAGCUGUACUCUUAAUUUUAUGGAAUUUUACUGAACCAAAAGAUAACUGGGUUAAUUUGGAAAGUGAAUGGCUGAUAUGUGAAGAGAAGAAAUAGAUAGAAAUAAUGGACAUCAAAAACCAUCUGCUAUGACUAAUCUGGGGGCUGAUCAUUGAUUGGAAGAGGAUAGGCCUGCGCCAGGUACAGAGAAAAAAGAUAAGGCAAGCCCCAGUUUGCUCUUACAUGUUUUUCUGUGUACGAUCAUGCAAGAGAAAUUACAGUGCCUUCUACAGAUUUUUGUCUUUAUCUAUGUGAAGCUAGGUGACAUUGUAAGUCACUGGCGCCGUCUUAUAAUUUAGAUGUAGAAAUAUUUAGAAAAAAUAAAAUUAUAUGUGUGUAUGUACAAAAAAUGACAAGGCUGAUGACCAGUGUAACAGAACAUGGUUGGUGAUAUGCAAUGUUGCAUAGAAGGUAAACUACACAGAAGAUGAAUGCUGGUUGCUUUUACUUCCUGACUAAGAAGGGGAAGUGAUUUAAUGAACCUGCAAACCUUUUUAUGAAACUUUUAAAGCAAUGGGCUGUUUACUUAUACACUUUAGGUCUGCCAGAAAAUUCUAUCUGUGAUAGAUCUGUAAAGAGGGACAAGGCGGGUAGAGUUUACUAUUUUUGAAGUUUACAUUGUUACAUAAGAAAUGGAAACAUUAUUUUGAAAUGUCAUAACACAAGGGUUCACUCUGUAACCGUGGAGUCUUUUGUUUCAUAGGGCAAAGAGGCACUCAUGACCUGAACUUUUUAGCAAAUUGUUCUGUUUCCAUUACCUGUUUGCCCAAACAGAUUAAUAAACAAUGUUAAAAAGCAA